CACCUGAAGAGUAAGCAACAACUCAACUCAAGGUUAAGUUGGAAGACAUUGCUCUCUUCUUUUCCGUCUUGAAAGAAGACAUCGCCACUGUGGUGUGUGUUCCAACUGCGUUCUUUUCAGCUUCUUGAACAACAAAGUAUCAAUGGCUUCCUGUUACUUCAAUCCCGUCCCUACUAGCUGUCAUCUCAUUUCAGCUGACUUAUGUAGACAGUUCAAGAUUCCAAAGCUUCUUCUUCACAGGAAAAAGAGGUUUGAUGGCUCACCUAGAUCCUCAAAUAUUACUGCAUUUUAUGGCUUGAAGACCCCUCUUUAUGACCUUGAUGCAUUAGAACCAUAUAUGAGUAAGAGGACAAUUGACAUGCAUUGGGGAGAGUAUCAUCGAAAUUUUAUAGAAGGUUUGAACAAGCAAUUGGAGAAGGAUGAUAUACUAUAUGGUUACACCAUGGAUGAACUAAUCAAAGUGACAUACAACAACGGCAAUCCUUUACCUGAAUUCAACAAUGCAGCUGAGGUUUGGAAUCAUGACUUCUUCUGGGAAUCUAUCCAACCAGGAGGGGGUGGCUUGCCCCAACCAGGUCUCCUUCAACAGAUUGAAAAGGAUUUUGGAUCAUUUGCAAAUUUUAGAGAGAAAUUUAUACAUGCAGCACUCACAGUAUUUGGUUCUGGCUGGGUUUGGCUAGUUUUGAAGAGAGAAGAGAAACGACUAGCCAUAGUGAAAACUACAAAUGCGGUUUGCCCAAUUGUCUGGGAUGAUAUACCAAUUAUCAAUUUGGAUUUGUGGGAGCAUGCAUACUAUCUGGAUUACAGGAAUGAUAGAGCAAAGUAUGUGGAUGUAUUUAUGAACCACCUUGUGUCUUGGAAUGCUGCAACAGAACGUAUGACAAGGGCAGAGGCUUUUGUAAACUUAGGAGAACCUAAAAUUCCUGUUGCAUGAAAUAUUGAAAUGCUUAAUGAUUACAGUCGUGGGAACUGGGAACUGGCAACAGGCAUAUGUCAUCUUAGGUGGAGUUGAUAUAGAAUUCAAGGGCUUCACAUGUCAUGAGGUUUAAUCGUAUGACAAAGGAAUGGAUAGGCUUCAGCAACCGUUCCAGUGCAACGUUCAUAGUGCCCCAUGUGCUUUUUGGUAUUCUAUUUUUGCUAUGUCUAGGAUUGAGGACAACUUGUCAUUUGAGGAGAUCUAGUGAACUUAGAGCAGGAGGCAAGGAUUUCAAUGUAUAAUGGUAGAGAAAAACAAGCAAGUUCUUUUAGUUAUUGUAGUCUUAGGGUAUGAAAGUAUGAAUGUAAUUAUUAACGUGGCAAGAGGUUAUUAAAUUUCAAAACUGAACCACAAUUUUGGCCACUGAUGAGUACAACUCCAGGGGUUGUGUUAUUCACAUCCACAAGGAAGGGACUUCAACGAAUUUGAUUUAGUUUAUUUUGAUGAAAUAAUUUAUUUGUAAAUUUUUGAGAAAGUUUAGAAAAAAAAAAUAUUGUAAAUAAUACUUCUUUGAGGAAGUAAAUAAUACUUUAGUG